GAUAAUUUAGAUUUUCUUUUUUCUCUUUUUCUGAGCGUUAUUUCAUUUUCAAGCUAUGCACAUUUGAUUGGUGAUGAAAGAUGAUGAAGUAAGUUAUGGCUUAAGAUAGUCUUCGAAGCUACACACAAAACUAUAAUACAAUUUCGAAGCUUCCCAUGGCCAUGGCGUUUCAGAUUAUAGCUUCUUCUUCUUCUUCAUCACCAACUAUUACAAAAUCUCACCUUUUCUCUUAUCCUCCUCUGCAAUCUUGUUAUAAAGCUUCGAAACCUAAACUCUCCUCAUGGAUUUCUCUCAUGGGUUCUUCUCGUUUCUCUCCUUACAUUGGUUUAAAGCAUUUGGGCAUCUCAAUCUCGCCAAAAUCUUCAAACCCAGAGAAGAAGAGAAGAUGUAAGAGUAUGAUGAUUCGUGCGUCUUUGUUUGGUGUUGGAGCACCUGAGGCUUUGGUUAUUGGUGUUGUUGCUUUGUUAGUCUUUGGUCCUAAAGGUCUUGCUGAGGUAGCUCGGAAUCUUGGAAAAACUCUGCGUACAUUUCAGCCAACGAUUAAAGAGCUACAAGAUGUUUCAAGAGAUUUUAAAAGUACCCUUGAGCGUGAAAUUGGCCUUGAUGAAAUCUCAACGCCAAACGUGUACAACCAAAACAGAACGAAUCUUGUUCAACCUCCUCCUCCUCCACCACCACCACCAUCAGUUCCUAGCACUGAAGCUCCUGUGACUGCAAAUGAUCCCAAUGAUUCACAAUCACCUAAAGCUUACACAACGGAGGAUUACUUAAAGAUCACUGAAGAGCAGCUUAAAGCUUCAUCUCCCGCUGAAAGCCAAACAGAGGAUCAAACUCAGACUCAAGAACCGCUACAACCCACAACUGUACAAACACCUACCGGAGAAACCCAGCCCAAUGGUACAGCGAGAGAAACAACAGCUGCAUCUCCUCCAAGGCAAGAUUGAAAGCACUAAAAUAUGACUUGUAGUGUUAAAAGCAUACGCCUCUCUCUCUCUCUCUCUCUCUCUCUAUUGGGAAGCUUCGGAGGGAAUUUUGUUGAUCUGCCAAAAGAGACAAAGCUAUUAGCUCUCAGGACAUUCUUACAAAGUUGUAUGUGCAUCUUGAUGGAUUGAAAAUAUCAGAAUAUGUCUGUGUAUUUAUGUUACAUUAGAUUCUUUCUUAAUUAUAAUCGAGUUCAAUAGGUAAAAGCUUGAUAAAUAAUGAAAUUAGUAUAAUUUA